UCCUUCUGACGUGCUAACGCGCAUGUGCGUAGCAGUCCACACGUGGGGUCUGUGUAAUCCACGCACGCAGACGCAAGCAGCGGCUCAGAAAUGGCGGCCGAUGUAGGUAGCUCUUCGCUGCAGUUACCCUGCGUAUUUUCACCUAAAUCACGACAAUACUUAGCGUUGUGUGCCCAGGAUGGCAGGCUUCGCAUUUGGAACACAGAUAGCAAAACACUUCACCAAGAAUACGUGCCUUCAGCCCAUUUGAGUGCCACCUGUAUCUGCAUAGCCUGGGGACCAUGCCGGACAGUCAAGGAGGGACCUCAGAGGAAGAAGAGGAAAUCGGAGGCAGUGCAGGAGGAGAAGGCGGAUCUGUUGGCUAUGGGCACAGCAGCAGGCAGUGUUCUUAUCUACAGUACAGCAAAGGGAGCACUGCACUGUACACUGGAUGGAGGCCACAGUGGGGGAGUGAACUGUGUCCAGUGGCACCCUGAAGACGGUUUAUUAUACAGCGGCUCAGAUGAUACUAACAUUGUAGAGUGGGACCUGCAGACGGGCAAGGCAAGAAGCAAGUGGAAGGCGGACCGUGCAGCAGUGACCAGUUUGAGCGUGAGCCCUGAUGGAAAACUGCUACUGUCAGCAGGUCAGAUCAUCAAGAUGUGGGACUUGGACACCAAGGAGAUCUACAGGAAGUUCACAGGCCACUCCUCUGCGGUGACGACCCUACGUUUUGCCACCACACGACCUCCAGACAGCAACGGUCUCUACUUCCUAUCCGGUGCUGCACACGAACGGCUGCUCAGUGUUUGGCAAGUACGGCAAGAUGGAAAGGACAAGAACUCAGUGGUUUCCUUCACACUGACGGACGAGCCGCAACACAUCGACCUCGUCCAGUCCAACAACAAGGAAGAGGCGGUGAGGCUGGCAGUGGUGUGUAAGGAUGGGCAGCUGCAUCUGUUUGAGCACUUUUUAAAUGGUCCCUGUAAGAAGCCGCUGUCGCCCUCGUGUUCAGUUCAGAUGUCUGACACAAAGGACUCACCUGUGCCAAUCCCACUGCUGGCUGCCGCCCUGACCGCCGACAAACUGUCCGUGCAGCUGGCCUACGGGAACCACCUGCAGCCGGUGAUGGAGAGAGUGGAGAUCAACACCGCAGAGAGACACAUCUGUUUGACCCGGGAUGUUCAGACCAGCUUGUCCCUUACCAUGGAGACCAGCGUAUCCAAGGUGAAGACCCCUAUUGUCAACAACAAGAGCAAAGUGCUGGUGCCAGGGCUCCCUGGCCACCAGGCCCCAGUCAAAGGAACAUCAGAGAAGAGGAAAAAAGACACAGACACCAAAGAGCUGCCAGACCUGGUUACCCAGCUUGGAGUGCUUUAUCACAUGAUCGAGAGCAGAGUGAAGAUGUUCCACAAGCUGACAAAGCUGCACGGGAAACUCUAUCUCCUCAUGACACAGGUGGCGACAAGUGACAGCAGCAACACAGUGACAGAGGUUGACCACACAGCUAAGCUGGUGUAUGAAGAAGGUGAGUGUUUCUGUUGUGUCCCUUGUUCUCUUCACUCUUGACUUGUGUUCCCAGCA